UUCCUGGAGCUGUGCUCCUUUGACCCCAGUGGCAGUCCCUGUCACUGCACCGCUCGCGCUCCCUCUGGCUCGCCGCGCCCUCGCUCCCUCUCCUCGCCCCCUCGCUCGCUCUCUCCCCAGAUCGAGGCUGCUCCGGUCCUUUCUCCACCCCCCCCCUCCCUCUCGAGCCGCGCCCCCAGGUCCCCCGCCCCUGCCCGCGGCGGGACCUCCGGGGUCGAAGGUUCUGGCCCGCCCGCGCCCCUCGUCGCCCCCGCUCGCCCCCCGCGCGCCUCCCGCCGGCUCCGGCCGCUCCGCGAUGGAUCGCCUGCUCGUUGGGCGCUGAAGGCAUCCCCGGGACCCGGAGCGCAGCCCGGGAAAGAAACGCACAGUGGUAUUGAUGUGUAGAUCCUUGGGUUCAGAGGUUGGCUGAAACACACCAUGCCUGCUUCCAUCCUUUGCUCCGGAAAGUUGUGAAUUGCUCAUGCCUAUAGGGAGGAAGGAUGGCUCAUGGGAUUCCUUCUCAAGGCAAAGUUACCAUAACGGUGGAUGAGUACAGCUCAAACCCCACCCAGGCAUUCACACACUACAACAUCAACCAGAGCAGAUUCCAGCCGCCACAUGUACAUAUGGUCGACCCCAUCCCAUAUGACACUCCAAAACCAGCGGGCCACACGCGGUUUGUCUGCAUCUCAGACACACACUCCAGAACAGAUGGUAUCCAGAUGCCUUAUGGGGACAUCCUUCUCCACACAGGCGAUUUCACCGAGCUGGGACUGCCCUCAGAGGUUAAGAAGUUUAAUGACUGGUUAGGAAACCUGCCAUAUGAAUAUAAAAUAGUGAUUGCUGGGAAUCAUGAACUGACAUUUGAUAAAGAAUUCAUGGCAGACCUUGUUAAACAGGACUACUACCGUUUCCCCUCUGUGUCCAAAUUGAAACCAGAGGACUUUGACAACGUUCAGUCCCUCCUGACAAACAGUAUUUACUUACAAGACUCGGAGGUAACAGUGAAGGGAUUCAGGAUAUACGGGGCACCUUGGACCCCGUGGUUUAAUGGAUGGGGCUUUAACCUGCCCAGAGGUCAGUCUCUGCUGGACAAGUGGAACCUCAUCCCUGAGGGCAUCGACAUACUCAUGACACACGGACCUCCUCUAGGUUUUCGAGACUGGGUUCCAAAGGAGCUUCAAAGAGUCGGCUGUGUGGAGCUUUUAAACACAGUCCAGAGGCGAGUCCGGCCCAAGCUCCAUGUAUUUGGUGGAAUCCAUGAAGUAGGUUGCAAGAGAUUUAUAUUCUGCAUGUGGGAAGUGUUUUGGCUUGAUCCAGUGCCCAGGUUACGGCAUUAUGACCGACGGUUAUACAACGUACAUCAAUGCCUCAACGUGUACAGUCAGCUUUCAACCGACCAACCCUCCAAUUAUAUUUGACCUUCCAAACCCACAGGGUUCCUGAAGCUCUAAAAAGCCCAAUUGGAAUGUGAGGGAAGGUCUAUAAACUGUCAUUUUUCUAAUUAUAAA